AUGACUAGUGAAAAUAUUUGGUCGAGAUUGAUUAGUACCCGACAACUUUCAUCAAAUUAUUAUAUAAUAUCAACAUGUCUUACUGACAUAUUAUAUCGUUGUUCGUCACGAAAUUUAUCAAUAUUUCAUAAUCUUUCUCAAACAUUAUUUUCUUCAUCAAUUGAUCAAAUAAAACUUUUAAAUGAUUAUACAAAUAUUUUACAAAAUAUAUUAAAACAGAAUUCUUUACAUACAAAUAUAAUACAAAAUAUUCGUCGUCUUUUUCGUUCUGAUUUAUGUCUCAAAGAAUUAUUUUCAACUAUUCUUGAUGAACAUUGUCAAUGUCAUGAAUGUGAUUGUACAAUAUCAAAUAGUAUUGAUGAUGUUAUUCAUGAUGUUGAUGAAAUACAAUUAAAAUUAUUAAUUGAAUCAAGUCAAUUAUCAUGUAUAUGCUUUCGAUGUAAUGAUAAAAAUCAAUUGAAAACUUUAACAUUUAAACAAUUUAGUCCAUGUUUAGCUUUAACAGUAAAUCGAUUACAUAUUAAUAUUAAAGAUCAAUUAAUUAAUACACAACGAAUUAUUUAUGAUCUGAUUUAUAUUAUUGAAUUUGAUCAAACAUUACAUUCAAUUUUAAAUGUUUAUCAACGACAAGAUAUUGAAUUUGUCAUUGUUGAUGGAAUUGAUAUAUCAAAUCGACGAUCAACUAUUGAUAGUCAAGGAAAAUUUCUUACACUUUGGAUGAGUCAAGAAAUAAAUUCUCCUAAUAAUGAAAUACAUAUUCCUUUAUCACAAUCAAUAUCAUCAUCACCAGCAACAACACUUAGUGAAGGAACAUCAGAUAAUGAUAUAUUAACUGAUAUUUAUUUAACAUUACUUCAUUCAACAAAUAAAAAUCAUACAAUUAAUUCAUUAACAUCGAAUACUCUUUCAUCAAUAGAUAAUAAUCAAAUAAAACAACAUAAUGAAGAAACUUUAUCAUCAUCAACUAUUAAAUCUAAACGAACACAUCAUGAUACAACCGCUUAG